GCAAACAUAUGUCAAUGUCACAUUAUUCAAACAAAAAUGUAAAAAAGCAAAAAUAAAUAAAAUAUGUAAAUCCAAAACUAUACAAUAAUAUUCUUAUAAAAGCCUUUUGCAACUCUUGGUACCCAUAUUUAAAAAGACGCGUGUGAUUUUUCAAACCCAAAACCUGAGUGUACCUAACCAUAAUCGCAAUAUGGUUAUGAAUGAAAAGAUGGGAGACACAGCUAUAGACAAAAAAGUUAAAAAGAUCGCCACGAAGCGAAAGAGAAAAAGUAAUGAGAAUGUGGUUAGUGCAGUAAAUGUUCCCAAAAAUAUAGUAGCAAGCAAAAUUGAUGCGGAUAAUACAAAGUUAACAAGUCUGAAGGAAGGGCUGAAAUCUCCUGAUAUCAAGAAAUGCAAGACCACUGAAGUUAUAGAACAGUAUCCUAUUUUGAGUGACAAGGAACUCAUACAAAAACUACAAAGUGUGUCUUUGACAAAUAAUCAAAAAGGAAGGCUUCGUCAAAUGAUCAGAGACAGCCUCAGGGGCACUUCAGAAGUUUUAUUACCUGAAGUUAUUAAUAACAGAAUACAAGCCAUACUCAAAAGUUCAGAUGUUUACACAGAUUCAGAUCUGAGAAAAUUGAGAAUUUUGUACAACAUGUUGAAAACUGCAUUGAAAGCAAACACAAUUGAAAAAACAAAAACUGAUAAAGUUAAAAGUAAGAAAAGUGAUGUGAAAAAAAAGAAAGAGAAAUUGUCAACUGAUGAUGCACAGAAAAAGGACACUCUUCCAAAUGAAGGAGAAGGGGUUAAAAAAAGUGAGAAGGAAAAUGUCCAAAAAGUCAAGGGACCAAAGAGAUAUGUUGUGUUUGUUGGCAACUUGCCUUUGGAUAUUGAUAAAGAAAAGAUAAUGCAACAUUUUGCUGAAUUUAAUGAUUCAAUAGUAGAUGUCCGUUUGCCAAAGCAAAAAGAAGGUAAAAAGAGUGCUAUAGCUUAUGUGGAACUUAAAAAUGAAGUUGUAUACGAGUUAGCACUGUCAAAACAUCAUUCAAUGCUUGGCAACAAAAGAAUAAAUGUCCUAUACACAACUCAGAAGAAUGGAAAGAUUACAAAAGCAGAAGCCAAGAGUAAAUCAGCAAAGCUAAUAGCACUGCAGAAGUCUGGAAAACUGAUUGGCAGUGUGCCUAUGAACAAAAAACGUAGUCAAAGAAGAUUGAAGAUGAAACAGGCGCGAGCUAAAUUGGCCGCCGAAACCAUCUAGUGUUUAUAACAAUAUUUUUGAAAUAAAG